UUCCUGCCCCAUUCUGCCGACUGUGCUUUCCAGUGAGGCGCCGUUGGUCUCUCAGCCGAAGGCAGGUUUACCCGUCGUACUCGCCGCUGCUUCGCCGCUCUCGCCGUCUCGUCGCUGCCUCGCCCCUUUCGCCGCCUCGCCGUCUCAGAGAGAGAGAGAGAGAGAGAGAGAGAGAAAGAGACAGAGGUUUCUUCUUCUUCUUCUUCAAUCCGCCCACUGUGCACAUUGAUUUGGGCUCUGCUCUUUCAGUCGCUUUCUUCAGAUCGCUAGAAUCUGUUUGAUUUCUUAUUUUGUCAACCGACUUGUUGCCGUAACGUGGGAAGAUGACUGGAGACUCUUCUGGCGCGGGAGAUGACUUGAUGGGGCUACUGAGUACUCUGGAUCGUGCUGAGAUUUUAGAGGUUUUGAGCGGGAGUGAAGGGUUCUGUCAAAACUGCCAAGCACUCUUGCAGAGUCGCAUUCACACUUUCAUUCAUGGAAAGUUCAGUAAACCAUCUGUAUCAAAUGAAAAUGGCAAAUGUUCUGUAGAGGUGCUGACAAAAAAAUCUUCUAGAUUGAAUUUAUCAGAUACAAGUCCAGAAGAAUCUACAAAGACAACAUCAUGGUAUUCUGGCCAAACUCCAAAAUAUUCUCCCUCAGGGGGAUGGACCAAAAACAGCCCUGAAUCGGUUUGUUCAGGAACUAGGAAAGGAUCUGUUGAUGAAUUGUCAGAGGAUGGACCAAAAUAUUCUCCCUCAGGGGGGUGGACCAAAAGCAGCCCUGAAUCGGUUUGUUCAGGAACUAGGAAAGGAUCUGUUGAUGAAUUGUCAGAGGAGCAAAAAGAGCAUGUUAGGUUAGCUCAAAUUGGGAGGAGGAAGGAUUUUGUUCAUGUGGAGCGAGUUAAUGGCAAGGCAACAAAUGUGCUUCAAGGACUUGAGCUUCACACAGGAGUGUUUAAUGCCGAGGAGCAAAAGAUGAUUGUGGAGUGCGUCUACAGUAUACAACGCAAGGGGCAGAGUGGUCAGCUUCGAGCGAGAACAUAUUCGGAACCACAUAAGUGGAUGCGAGGUAAAGGGCGCGUGACAAUGCAAUUUGGUUGCUGUUACAACUAUGCACUGGACAAAAAAGGGAAUCCCCCUGGUAUAGUUAGAGAUGAGGAAGUCGAUCCUCUACCUCCCCAAUUCAAGGAAAUGAUCAAGAGGCUGGUCAGGUGGCAUGUUUUGCCUCCAAGCUGUGUCCCAGAUAGUUGUAUAGUGAAUAUCUAUGAUGAAGGGGAUUGCAUCCCGCCUCAUAUUGACAACCACGACUUCCUUCGACCCUUUUGCACUGUGUCAUUCUUGGCAGAGUGCAAUAUCCUCUUUGGUGUAAAAUUGGACAUUGUUGGCCCGGGGGAGUUUGUUGGCCCGAUAUCUAUACCUUUGCCACUCGGGUCGGUGCUAAUUCUAAAUGGGAAUGCAGCUGACAUAGCAAAACACUGUGUUCCGGGUGUCCCGGCAAGAAGGAUCUCCAUCACCUUCAGGAAAAUGGAUGAGAGCAAACACCCGUACAGCUACUCACCAGAUCCAGAUCUCAUAGGUAUAAAGCCGCUUGGAAAUCAUUCGUCAACCAAGUUCAAGUUGUCCGUCCAGCAAGAGGAAUGGGAGAAGAAACCAAGGAUGAUGGGUCGGAAUGCCUCUAUGAUUGACACUACUACUACUGCUACUACUACUAGUACUAGUAGUACUACUACUACUAGCACUGAUAGUUAUAGUUAUAGUGAUUUCCCUCCACUUGGGAGCUCCAAUCCAGGGAAUAGGCAGAAGGCAAGAGGAAGUAGGAGUAGUUUGAGACGAUGAUGAUGAUGAGCUGCUGCUGCUGCUGAGACUUUGGAGAUCAGCUAUCUAUUUUGGGAUUCACUAAAUUUUAGGGGGGGCUGGGGGAACAUACAACCCCAUGUAAAAAAAAUAAAAUAACAUUUUGUUUGCUUCGUUAUAGUUCUCUUUAUGAAAACUAUAACGUGAACAGCCAACACCUUCGGCUUUCAACCAACUUGCAGUGAAUCAGCCAACUCAUCCGCAUCUGGUUCUUGAGUCAUGCAAACUGAAGUAAAAUGCACUCAACACCACCUGUUAAAAUUUGACAAUAAAAUUAUGUGCUUGUGUGUU